AUGUCUGCACUUGCUGCAACCCUCAACAUCAACCUCCUUCAAACCGAAGAAGGUGUGAUGUUGCUGAACAGAAUUGAACUUGCAAACAAAGCUCCAAGGGUAAACUCUGACCCGGUGCUUGAAAUUCAACUGAAUUUCGAGUCACCCACCUUUGCAGCAUGCACUGCCGCCCUUGUAGCCUCUGGGUUAACAGCAGAGGCAGCCCUCACCCAGCUCGUUGAUGGCUGGACUCAAGAACACCAGGAAUGUGUUGUCCUCUGGCAACAGCAGAUUGAUGAAGAUGCACAUGUGCUCCAAGAAGCUGCAGACUGUGAGCGAGAAGAAAGAGAAAUCACAGAAGCCGAAGAGCACCGUGAAACUGAGAAAAAGAAACUGAAGAUCAACGAUUUCAACGCUGACCUACCUGUUUCAGAUGUCAUCAUCCCAUAUCCUUCUCAAUUCGUGCUUCAAAAAGUCAAGAACAUGGAAUUCAUUGAACUCUGGUACUUCAGCCCAGAUGGCUAUGAUGCUCUAGGUCUCAAAAAGAUCGACAGCAUUGUCGCCCUGAAGUCAUUUUCUUCCUUCAAAGCCUCUAACAAAGCCUUACAGGAUCACGAUCUCUCCUGGAGGCAGUUUGACAUGGCCAAAACCAGCUUUCUUGUCCACAUUGAGAAAGCCAGUUGGCCCAACAAGCACCAGAUGGCACUAGUGCUAUUCUUCACACUCAUCACUAACCAUGAGCACAGGCUACGCCCACGGAGAGAGAAAACUCUCCUCCGCUAUGCAAGCAUGGUCCAAAAAGACUGGCAUGAUCGCCUCACCCUGAAUCUGGGAUUUGACAUUGGCCUUUUCAAUAACACUCUCUACAACAGCCUUUUGGACGACGUCUGA